AUGUCGCAACACGAAUUGGAUAUCGCCUCCAGUCCUGGCGACGUGCGUCCAUGGAUCCGGUACAUUUCGUCCGUCAAAAACGACAAGACUACCGCGCGACAAAAAUGCAUACUCUUUGAGCGUGCCGUCACAGCCCUUCCACGGUCAUAUAAGCUGUGGAAAGAGUAUCUUGACUUUCGAAGUGGCCUGUGCACGGGUCUGAAUCCAAUCAAGCACGCCGACGAGUACGAUCGCGUCAAUGCGCUCUACGAGAAAUCUCUGGUGCUGCUCCACAAAAUGCCCGUCAUCUGGUUACAGUACCUGCAGUUUCUGAUGCUGCAACCCAAGGUGACGAAAACCAGAAGCGUCAUCAACGAGGCUCUGCGGUCAUUACCAGUGCAACAACAUCCCCGAGUGCUGAAACUGGCGCUGCAGUUUGGUACAAAGGUAGGAGGACCCACAAGCGUGCAGAUUUGGAAACGAUAUGUUCUGGCAUAUCCUGAUCAGAAGGAGACUAUGGCUCAAUCAUUGAUUAAGAUGGGAUAUCAUGGAGAGGCAGCUGUUGUUCUUAUUGAGCUUUUAAAUGCAUCCGGAGACAACUACGCACUUUGGACGGAACUUGUGGACCUGAUAGGAGAGAGUGACAAGCUGACGCUGGAGCCCCCGGUGGAACAGAUCAUUUCAUCGGGUAUUAAGCGGUUUCCCGACCAGAGAGGACCCCUCACCGUGCAAUUGGCAAACUUUCUGGUUCGAAACGGCGAUCUGGAGUCCGCCAGAGACGUGUUUGAGGACGGAAUCACAACAGCCAACACGGUGCGAGACUUCACUGUUGUGUUUGAUGCAUAUGCCGAGUUUGAGGAGCGAAUCGUGACACAUCUGAUUGAAAACGAGUCGCCAAUGGCCGAUUUGCGGAUCGCUAAAUUGGACCAUCUCCUUGAACGACGCCCCUUUCUCAUCUCUGAUGUGCGACUACGACGAGAACCGUACUCAGUCCUUGAGUGGCAGAAACGAAUUGCCCUCUACGAGGAUCCCGCUGAGACUGUGGCUGCAUACACCGAGGCAGUUCAGUCCAUUCCACCUGCAAAGGCUGACGGAAAGCUGUCGCAACUGUGGAUCUCCUGGGCUAAAUUUUACGCAGAAGAUCGAGAAACCGCAUGUGAAAUCUAUCACAAGGCCACUCUGGUGCCCUACAAGUCUGUGUCUGAGCUGGCAGACGUCUACCUGGCAUGGAGUCAAUAUGAGAGUGAAAACGACCAUUGGGAGAAUGCAGUCAAAAUCAUCAAGCAAGCGUUGGAGUCUCCCAACACACACGUUUCUUACCACAACUCGGACCUGACGGCUCAGGAUCGAAUUCACAAGAGUGUGCGUCUGUGGUCGUACUACGCCGACUUGGUUGAGUCGUACGGAACAUUUGAAGAGACGAAACAAGUGUAUGAGAAAAUCAUGGCGCUAGAUCUGCUGACCCCUCUGUUUGUGGUCAACUACGCCACCUUGCUGGAAGAAAACGACCAUUUCGAAGAAAUGUUCAAGGUCUAUGAGAAGGGAAUCUCGCUGUUUGAAGAGAGCGCAUUUGAAAUCUGGAACCUGUAUUUGGUAAAGGCUUCUCCCCGUUUGGGACUGGAGCGAUUGAGAGACUUGUUUGAAGAUGCAAUUUCGAAGUUCCCAACACAAAAGGCCCUCUAUAUUCUCUACGGUAAGCUUGAGGAGGAUAGGGGACUGGUGAGAAACGCGAUGAGGGUGUACUCGGCCAUGUGUGACCAUGUCAAGACUUCGGAGACGUUCAAGUACUAUAUCGGUCGAACUGUGGAGAACUUUGGUCUUGCGGCUACCCGACCUGUCUACGAUAAGGCUCUCGAGUCUCUUCCUAAUAAGGACGCCUCUGAGCUUGCUUUGGACUAUGCUCAGAUGGAGGAGAAGCUGGGUGAGAUUGACCGAGCGAGGGCCAUCUACGGCUACGGCUCUCAGUUCUCCGAUCCUCAGAUUAUCAAAUAUUACGACGCAUGGCACAAGUUUGAGGUUGCCCACGGUACCGAAGACACAUUCAAGGAUAUGUUGCGAAUCAAGCGGUCAAUCCAGGCCCAGUUCAACACAGACAUCCACUAUGCCACCACAGCAGCCGAAGUCAAGAAGGGGACUGUUCAGGAGUUCGUCAAGGGUGAAACUGUGCAGAAAGGCAACAUUGAGCCUCCUGUUGCCCAGGCUAACGAGGAUGAGAUCGAGCUUGAUAUUUAA